CCGGCAUGGGGCGCCCCGGAGGGCUGCCAGGUUUCCGGAGCCGGCGAUCGGGUUCCCACCUCGGAGACGGCACGUCGAUACUCGUCAAUUAUUCAGCGCCGCGGGGCCUGGCAUGGCAGCGCGGGGCACCCGCUGUCCUCUGCGGAUGGCCUGGGCGGCAGAGACCGCGGCCGUCACCCCGCGGAGGUGUCGGGGGGAGGUGGCUGUGUUUUAGCUCCUUUUUUGUGCAAGUCAAAGCCCCGAGCGUGGCCCUCCCAUGGGGCUGGGGAGCUGCCCUGCUCGGGGAUGCUCCAUGCCUCGGUUUCUCCGUGUGCCCAGCUCCCUCGGGUGCUGCGCGAGUGGGGAGGGCUGAGCGGGCCCCAGCACCCCCCUAGGCUGCUCCUGUCCGGGGGCCCCUCUCCGCAGCUCUGCCCUCCCCCGGCUGGGGUUACCCCCCUUCCCUCCCCAACGCCAGUCCUUUCCCGGCACAUUUCGGCCGCAGCCCAUCUCGAUGCAGCCCCCCCCCCCCCCGCCUUUGGCUGGCACCAGCGUUUCCACCCCGGUUUGUGCAGCGCCGAGCACCCGCGGCUGCAGUACACAAGGACAGAUGCUUGGGGGCAAUUCUCAUUUUGGGGAUCCCUCCUCAAAGGGGGUCUCCAAUCUCUUGGGAUACAGCCAGGGGUCCUGCCCCCCCCCCCCCCAGCCCCAGGGCUGUGGGGAGAGGUGCCCCCCGGGACAGGAUGGCAGGUCCCAUGUCCUCCUCCUUUAAAGGCAGGGUCUGGGUGACAGGAGGAUGCUCCUGUCCUUGAUUUGGGGUGCACCACCCUGGGGGGGCUGAUUCCCCCCCCCAGUCCUUCCCAAUCUAGCUGGGACCAGCGCCUGGCAGUUCUUGGUCCUGCCACGCUCCUCGCUCCAUCCGCAGGGAUGCGGGAAUGCCUGGAGCUCCUGCUGAUGAGGAGGGAGGGAAGGAGGGAAAGAAGGAGGGACGGAGGGAUGGAGGGAGGCGGGUCCCGGCUCCCACUGCGGCAGGACCCGGCCCCCCGCCUGGGCGGUGGUGCUGGAGUGAGCCGGGGUCCGUGGCCGCCCCGGCCUGCCCUCGCCCAGGCGGGGGGCGAGGGAUGCAUGGCCGCCCGCCGCCUCCUCCUCGACACCAUGAAGCAGAUCUGCCUCUGUGCCGCUGCCUCCUUCGCGAGCCAGGACUGGACCAAGAAUGAUGAGAAGCUCCUGCAAGCCGUGGACUACAAUGAUGCUGGGAGGGUGACAUCACUCCUUGUCCGCAAGGGUCUGGUUGCCACCAAGUUGGACUCGGAGGGCAAAUCUGCGUUCCACUUGGCUGCCAUGCGGGGGAACGUGGACUGCCUCGAAGCCAUGCUGGCCCACGGCGUGGACGCCAUGACCAAGGACAGCUCAGGUUACACUGCCCUGCACUUGGCGUCCAAGCACGGUCAUCCGCAAUGCGUGAGCAAGCUGCUGCAGGCUUCCUGCCCUGUGGACGUGGCUGAUGGCAAUGGCCGGACGGCGCUGCACCACGCAGCUGUCAGCGGCUGCAUCUCAUGCUUGGAGAUCCUCUGCGAUUUCAAGGCUCCCUUGAACAUCAAGGACAAGGAUGGCUUCACGCCGCUGAUCCUUGCCGCCAAGAUGAGCCACUCGGAGCUGUGCCGGUACCUGCUGCACCGUGGAGCGGCCGUGAACAGCCGGGAUCUGCAAGGGAGAACAGCCUUGAUGCUGGCCUGCGAGAACGGCAGCGUGGAGACUGUGGAGGUGCUUGUCAACGCGGGUGCCCAGGUGGCCGUGGUGGACUCCACGGGCCACGAUGCGGCUCACUACAGCCUGGCCACGGGCAACGCUCUCAUCCAGCACUUCCUGCAGGAGGCUGCCCAGCGCCGGUCCUGGGCCAGCGAGGAGUCGGCUGAGCAGAUGUCCCAGACAUCUUCGCCCAGCCAGUCCAUAGGCAGGGAGAAGAGCAGCACCCCAAGGAAGAGGAAAGCCCCCCUGCCGCCCCCAGGCACCCUGAGCCAGAGUGCCCCACACACCCCAGAGCACGGCUCGCCCUUGGCGGGACGUGGCGCCCGGACGGCCGCCACCAAGCCUGGCUGGGCUCAGCCCGCCCCGGCCCACACGGAGGACAGGGAGGCCUACGAGGAGAUUGUGAGGCUGCGGCAGGAACGGGCCCAAUUCUUGCAGAAGAUCAGGGGCUUGGAGCAACAGGAGAAGCAGAGACGGGAGCGGGCAGAGCUGGACGAGGGCUCCAUUCGCUCCAUGGAGAAGCAGAUCCAGGAGCUGGAGCAGCGGCUGGCAGCACGUGAUGGCGAGAAGGAGCAUCUGGGCAAGGAGGUGGAGGCUCUGCGAAGCCGCUUGUCCUCGCUGGAGAACGAGAAGGAAAACACGAGCUACGACAUCGAGACGCUGCAGGAUGAGGAGGGAGAGCUGCUUGAGUUCCCAGGGGCAGAGCUGCUGCUCUCCAAGAAGACGCUGAGCCCCUCGACCGAGGAGCUGCUGGCCACGCUGCAGGGGCAAGUGCAGUCCCUCACCAUGCAGAACAAGGAGCUGAGGGAGAAAAUACAGAUCCUGGAGAACUACGAGAAGGACGAGAGCGACCCGGCUGCCUCGGGGGACUUUGUGGCCGUCAGCCUCUACGACUCCCUCAAGGGCGAACUGGAGCAGCUGAAGAAGCAGCAUGCCGAGGCGCAGGCUGCCCUGCAAGCGCUGGAAGGCGGUCGGCCCAACGGCAAGGCUGUGUCGGCCGAGGCGUACGAGCAGCUGAAGGCUGAGUACGAGGGGCAGAUCCGCGCCUUGCAGGAAGCCCUGAGGAAAGGCAGCGUCCCCGGGGAGGCGACCCUGGCGCGGGACCAGGCUGCGGGGCCGGCAGGGGCGAGCGAAGCGGGUGGAGAGAGAAGCGCCGUGGAGCAGCUCACCGCGGAGCUGGCCCAGACCCGGGGCAAGUACGAGGCAGCCUUGGCCGAGGUGCAGGCGCUGCGGGAGCAGAUGCAGCUGGGCAUCCUCUCAGCGGUGGAGCCCGCCGAGGGUGCCGGCGCCGAGCUGCUGGCGGCGAAGGCCGCGCUGCAGCAAGCCCGGGAGGCCCUGGAGGAGCGGGAGCAGCGGGUGAGGGAGCUGCAAAGCCGGCUGGAAGCCCGUGAGGCGGCCGGGGGGCCCCGGGCCCGCUCCGAGACCGAGGAGACCACGGCCUCGCUGGGGGCGUCCCUGGAGGAGGCCUCGCGGGAGAAGGCGGCCUUGCUGGAGCGCUGCGGCCGGGCGGAGGCGGAGGCGGAGGCCCUGCGCCGCAGCCUGGAGGCCAAGACGAGGGACUGGCGGGCGGCGGGAGGCCCGGAGCCGGAGGCCAGGGCACUGGAGCGGCGGCUGGCGGAGCUGACGCGGCAGCAUGGCGAGGUGACGGCCCAGCUGGGGCAGCUGCGGGAGGCGCUGGGCCGCAAGGAGGCUGAGCUGGACGCCCUGCGGCAGCAGCUGGCCGCCCGACCCGUGGCGCGCCAGGAGCACGAGGAGGCCCUGGCGCGGCUGAGGCAGGCGCUGGCGGAGGCCGAGAGCCGGGCGGCGCAGGACAAGCACGCCCGGGCCACGGUGGCGCUGGAGGAGCAGGCGCGGGCGCUGCGGGAGCGGGCGGCCCAGCUGGAGGCCAAGGCGGAGGCCAAGGGGCGCGAGGCCGCCCGGCUGGAGGCCGAGCUGGCGAGGGCCCGGGAGGCGGCGGUGCCGCGGGGCGAGCACGAGGCGGCGCAGGCCGGGCUGCGGGCCGAGGCGGCGGCGCUGGCGCAGCGCCUCAGCGAGCUGGCGCGGCGGCACGAGAAGACGUGCGAGGAGGUGUUCAGGGUGCAGCGCCAGGCGCUCUUCAUGAAGAGCGAGAAGCAGGCGGCCGAGGAGCGCCUGGCUGCCGCGCACAAGCAGCUGGAGGAGGCGCGGGCUGAGGCGCGGCGCCUCCAGGACCUCCACGGCCACGUCGAGGACUCGACCCGGCUGGUCAGGGACAAGGACAGGAAGAUCACGGAGCUCUCCAAAGAGGUCUUCAAGCUGAAGGAGGCCCUGAACGCCCUCCCCGAGCCCCGGGGUGCCCCACAGCCGCCCCCCGACACUGCCGCGCUCCAGGCCAGGAUCCGGAUGCUGGAGGCGCAGCUGGCGGAGACGGAGACGCGGCACAGCAAGGUGGUCACGCUGUACCGGAGCCACCUGCUCUACGCAGUGCAGGGCCACAUGGAUGAAGACGUGCAGAGGCUCCUGUGCCAGAUCCUGAAGAUGCAGCGGCUGCAGGAACAGGGCAGAUGAGCUCCGGCCCCCCAGCCAGCGCGGCGGGUGCCGGGGACGCAGCUGGCAGCACCGGCCGGGGGCCAGGCCAUGCUUUACCCCCCCAUGGCCACGCUGCCCCUUCUCUUCCCCGUUCCUGGCGGGUGCCCGCUGGCCACACGCAUCCCCCACGCUCACCCGGCCCUGUGGCCAGCACCGGGGUCCGGGACACUGUGGCGAUGUCCCCGCGGCUCUGCACACCCCAGCACAGCAGCAAUAAAGUAUUUAUACUCAC